AUGUUUGGCAAUGUAAACAGUGACAACCCCUACGGUUUAAAUACCGACAGGGGCAAUAGCUCUAUCCGAGACAGACCAUUCCCUGCUGCUGAUCCAGAAGGUUAUGAGGCUGCUGGUCCUGGAGCGCCUACAUCUGUUGCCCCCUGCGAAAGCUCCUCAGCUGAAGGGGCAUAUGCUGGUGCAGCACCACCUGCCCCAACAACUGCUGCAGAGGAAUGGACGCAACCCCUUGUAAACCCGUUAAGUAGCCUACAAUAUCAGACGAGUCAUGGAGAAAAUCUUGAGGGCUCCCACGAGGGUCCCACCCAACCAGACGGUCUUAAAGGCCCUGAGGGGCAGCAAGCAUUUGCUUUUGCGGGUCCUCCUGAGCGGCCUGGAGCAGGCUCUCGUUUGGAACCCCAAGAGGUCCUUCUAAUGGGCCCCGAUGAAGGUCCCCGUGAGGGGCCCCAAACGCUUGAGGGGUCCGUGGAGAUUCCCCCUGAAGGCCUCCAGACAUAUGCUGUUGACACGUUCCCUGGAGGGAGCCCUGAAGAAGCUCUUUGGGGACCACAAGAAGGCCGUCAUGAGGGGCUCCCUGCGGGACACACUGAGGAGCCCCCUGUCUCAGUGUGUGUGCGUGUUGUGGAUUCGGAAUUUAACGGAGUGGACGCCCCGAUGGUAGAGGAGGCAAUGCAGGAUAUGAGGAGGCAACCUGGUGGAUACCCCGGGGAGGAAACCGCAGCUGCAGCAGAAUCCGAAGGGUAUGGCACAACUCUAGCAGGAGCAGGCAGCAACAGAGCCAACAGCUCCGCUGCGGGGGAUGAGUCCUGCCCUGCGGAGUUACCUACAGAGGAGCAGGCUCCAGCAGAAUCGCUUGAUGCUGCUGCUCCUGCUGUCGCUGAGCUCCCUCUACUCGCUGUAGAACCCCACACAAUCCAGGAACAGCAAGGCAGCACAAAGGAGGGUUCCUGCGGGAGGCCUUUUAGGGACCCCCAAGACGUCCCAAUGAUGCGUAUGGGGGCGCAGGCAGAGACCUGUGAGGCCCCGACGAUGAGCCGUCAGACCCCGUCAGAAGGUGGUGAGCAUAUGAGUGAGGAGAAGAAGACCCCACAAGGCCCUGACAUGGGGUCCUCUUCGUCGCUGUCGCUUUCCCCUUUAGAGACCAGCGUUGCACACUCAUCCCUCUGUGUACUUCUGCCAGCAACAACAGAAGCAGCAGCGACUGCAGAAGCAGCAGAAACAGCAGCACAAGCAGGAGAAGCUUCAGACAGAUUUGUCGGCUCGCAAUUUGCUUUUGAGACGGGAGAUGGAAGGGCCUCACAGGGACUUCCUGGGGGCCCCUGGCUACCCGUAGGAGAGCCGUUAGAAGAAGGGAGCCCCUGCAGCAGAAGUGCCUCCUGCCUUAGCAGAGAGAGCUCCAAGCAGAGACAGAAGAACAAAGGACGCAAUUUAAGGGUUAGCUUCUGUGGGGGAUUUGUGCCUGGAGAAGGAGAAGACGAAGAAAUACAAGACAAGGAAGAAAAUCCUUCUGCUGAGCAUGUGGCAUUCCAAAGGGCUUCCAUAGCGGAGAGAGAGGAGAUGGCUUCUAAAGUACUUCAUUUGCUCCGAUCUGGGGGAGUAGAAGUAGAGGAAGAUAGAUCCCCUCCACAGGAGGCAGACCAACUCAGCUAUCUUCCUCCUUCCUUCUUAUCCCUCCCUCCGCCUUCACAUGAAACCCUCAGGGGCCCAUCAGGAGGGCCACCGUCUCCUGCAGAGGAUGGAUUAGCACCUGCAAAGAGAGAGGCGGCAGAUAGAGACACAAAAAAAAAGGAGGCAGACCAAAGCCUCACUAGCUGCCCGCAGCAGACAGAAGAAGGAGAGCAAGAGGCAGACUAUGCUGUAGUAGAACCUGAGGAGAUAGCUGGUGGGGUACUAAUCCCACCGUCAGCUGGGUGCGUUCCUGCUGGGCCUGAGGCACCAGCAGCACCCUUGCCUGCUGCAGCUGCAACUGCUGAUGCUAUUUCUACUGCAAAGGAUAGUACCGCUACAUCUGCACCAGAAGCAGUAGAGGCAGCUGCCGCAACCGCAGCCGCAGCAGUUGCUGCUGCUGCGUUGGCUGCCUCGACCUUGACAGCAUCGCCUCAAGGCCCAGUGGCGCUUGCUGCUGCUGCAGUUGCUGCAGCAGCAACAGCAGCAACACGCCGGCUUUCUCGCGUUGGUGCAGAAUGUGCUGAACAAGGAGAUGAUACGUCACCUGCAGCAACUGCGCCAGCAGCACCACCACCAGCGGCUGUUGGCGAGCACCAGCAACUGACUGCCAGCGAGCCCGAGGAAGCAGGGGUCCAUCGAAUUUCUCCUGUUGACGCGUUACAUCAAGUAUCAUCCCCAGCGUUGACUGUCACGUGGUUUGACGAUCAAGACCAAAGAAAUGUAGACAGCCAAAACAGCCAACUCAGAGCUACGGAAUACCGCGAGUAUACGCAGCAGGCAGGCGAAGCUUUCCCACCUGUUGCAACCGUAGUAGCAACAGCGGCACCAGCCGUCGCAGCAGCAGAAACGGCACCAGAAGCAGACGUAGGAGUCCAAGCACAAGAAGCAGCAAAAAAAGCAGCAGACACAACAGCAAAAGCAACAGCAGAAGCAACAGCAGAAGCAGAAGAAGAAACAGCAGCAGAAGCACAAGUAAAAGUAGAAGUAUUCCCACCAACAGCAGACACUGAAACAGCGGAGACUUCCGCAGAAGCAGCAGCAAAGGCAGCAGCAGGAACAGCCUCCACAACAAUCGCAACGUCAACAAAACCGACAUCGGGAGAAGCAGCAGCCGACGGAGUGAUGGAAGUCAACGAUACAUAUGCAGCAGAAGGAGCACCCACUGUUGCACAAGAAGAGGAGCAUGAACUACACCAGGGCAACAAUGACACAGGAGACUCACCGGCAGCAGCGACAGCAACAGUUGUAGCUGCUACCGCUGUUGCUGCUGCCGGUGAGGUUGCUGGUGGCUUGUAUAUUCUGGGUUCCGCAGAAGAUGCAAACCGUGAAGGAGACAGUGAAUAUGCAGGAGCAACAGCAGCAGGAACAACAACAGUAGAAGCAGAAGUGCAGCAGCAGACACCGAGUGGCCAACCAGAAGAGGCACAAGCAGGCAGCUGCGAAGGGAGCAGCCAAACCAAUAAAGAGGAGACAGUUGUAGUGGAAAGGAAAGAACACUCAAAUGGAGACGCAGUAUAUAUAAAUCAUAUAAUAGAUAGAAGUAAGGUAGACCAAACAGAAGGUAGAACAGAGGUAGAAGAGAUUGAAGGGAGAGCAGAGCAUAAGGAGACAGAAGAAGCACCGCAGUUAACGGAGACAAAAGUAGAAGAGGAGAUAAAGGAGACAGAAGAGGUAACGCAGAGAAAGGAGACAGAAGUAGUAAAAGAGAUAAAGGAGACAGAAGAGGUAAUGCAGAGAACGGAGACAGAAGUAACAGAAGAGGUAAAGGAGGCAGAAGAGGUAAUUCAGAUAAAGGAGACAGAAACAACACAAGAGAUGAUGGAGUCAGAAGAAGUAACGCAGAUACAGGAGACAAAAGUAACACAAGAGAUACGGGAGACACAAGAAAUGAAAGAGUUGAAGGAGACAGAAGUAGUACGAGAGAUAAAGGAGACAGAAAAGGUAAAAGAAUUAAAUGACGAGGAUGAAGCAACCGACAAAAAGGAGACAGAAGAAGCAACUGAUAGGAAGGAAACACGAGCAACAACAGAGAUAAAAGAAACAGAAGAAAACGAAGUGAUAGAGACGAGUCAAGAAGUAACAGAACCGGAGCAGCAAAAUGCCAACUCGUGUACUGAACAAGUCAGAGAAGCGACGACGACACAAGAAAAAGAGGAGUCGAAAGAAAAGGCAACAACAGAAAUGGAGGUAAUUAAAAAGACGGAAGAUAAAACGGAGACAAACCCCUCAGCAAACCAAUAUUCCCCGCUAGCUGGCACGCCAGAUACUUCUGGGCUUAUUGCUGAUGCUGCAGAAGGGCAAGCAGCAUCAGCAACAGCAGAAGCAGGAGAAGGUUGGGCAGGCGAGGCAGCAGCUGCUGCUGCGGAAGAAAAGAAGAGCGAUAAGCCUGAGCCCUCGUGGGGCCCGCCACCAUUGCACCUUGGUCCCCCCGAUACCUCUUGGACCCUUGAAGCCUUUGGGGACCCUGAACCCUCCGGGGCCCAUAAAGCCUCUGGGGCGCCUGAAGCCUGUUUGGCCCCUGGAGCCCCUGAGGUCCCUGAAGCCGCCGGGGACCCCAAAGCCUCUGGUGCCCCCAAUGCCACUGGGGACCUUGAAGCCUCUGGGGCGCCUGAAUCCUCUUGGGUCCCCGGGGAUUCAGGGGCCUUUGGGACCCCUCAAGUGCCUGAGGGCACUGGGCCUUCAGAGACCCCCAAGGACCCCUUAGAGUUUGAGGCUUCCGAGGCCCCUGAGGCACUAGACGCCACUGGAACCCCUGAGGGUUUUGCUGGUGCUGCCGCUGUCGUCCGGUGUGGUAGUAGCGAGGACGCACCUGAAGAGCUCGCAGCCUCAAAUGCAGGAGCAGUCACAGGAAAAGAUUUAGCAGCAGAUGCAACGCCAGACGAACCAGCAGCAGCAGAUGCACCACCAGCAGGUACAUCAUCAGCAGAUAUAGCAGCAGCAGAUACAGCAGAAGCAGAUGCAGGAGCAGCAGAUACAGCAGCACCAGAUAUGGCAGCAGCAGAUACAGCAACAGCAAAUACGGCACCAGGAGAUACAGGAGCAGCGCAUACGACAGCAGCAGAUACAAGUGCAGAUACAGCACCAGCAGGUACAGCACCAGACAUAGCAAAAGAUACAGCAUCAGCAGAUACAAGUGCAGAUACAGCAGCAGACGAACCAGCAAAUGGUGAAGCGGAUGCAGCAGAAGACGAAACAGCAGAAGCUGCAGCAGAAGCUGCAGCAGAAGCUGCAGCAGAAGCUGCAGCAGAAGCUGCAGCAGAGGCAGCAAUAUAUGUGCAAGAGUGUGCAACGGCCGCCACAGCACCAGUUGGAGUGUCUUUUGAAGCUGCAUCUCCAGCAGCAGCCGAUGCGGCAGCAGAUGCAGAUACAGCAGCCUCACAACCAUGUACCGGAUCAAAAGACACACCAGAGGGAGCGAAAACAGAAGAGGCAACAGCAGAAGAGGUAGCAGCAGCAGACGCAACAUCAGGAGAGGCAUUAGCAGAAGAACCACACUUUACAGCAAAAGAAGUAGCAGCAGAACCAAAAGAGCAAUCUGCAGCAGCAUAUACAGUUGAAGCAACAACAGACGAAGCAGCAUGGGAAACAGCUGAACGAGCAGCACCUGCAGCAGCAGAGGAAGCAGCAGGCUCUAUAACAGCAGCCCACCAAGGACCAGCUGCUGCAGGUGAACAAGAGCCAGCAGCAGAAACACCAGUGCCUGGGGAUGCAACAACUGCAUCAGCAGCUGCAGCAGCACCAGAAGCAGAAGACGUUGGUGCAUGUAGAGUAACUAUUCCAGCGGCAGGAAUAUCUGCUGCAGCAACGGAAGCAGAAGGUGAUGAUGCUGCUGCACCAUUUCCAGCAGAGGAGGAACCAGCUGCACGGAAAGAAGGAGCAGCUGCAAGAGCGCCAUCGGAUGAAACAGCACACAUACCCGCUGCUGACACAACAGCAGCUGCAGCAGAGCCAGCAGAAGCAGAAGAAGCUGUUGCAGCAACAGAACAGGAAGGGAUUGCAACGGAAGCUGCACGAGCGAGUCCAGCAGCCGAUGCAGUAGCAGAAUCACCAGCAGCUGUAUGCACUGCAGCAGAUGCUAUAGCAACAGAUACACGAACCGCAGAUUCCGACCCAGGUGCAGCAACAGCAUAUGUAGCAGAAGAUACACCCGCUGCAGACGCAGCAGAAACAUAUACAGCAAGACAUGCAACAGCAGCGGAUACACCAGAAGCAGAUGCAGCAACCGCGUAUGUAGCAGUCGCGUGUACAGCAGCAGAAGCAACUGUAGUAUCUACAGCAGCAGAUACAGCGACAGUAGAUACAGCAACAGGAUAUACACCAGCAGCUGUUGGCAAAGGGACAGCAGACAAAACAGCGGCAAAUACAGCAGCAGCAGAUACAGAUGCGGCAGAUACAGCUGUGGCAGAUACAGCUGCUGACGUGGCAGCAUCAGACGCGUUAAAAACAAAUACAGUGGCAGACGAUAAAGCAGCAACAGACAGAGUACCAGCACAUACACCUGCAGAAAGCGCACCUGCACCACAUACAGCAGCGGAAACAGCAAGAGCAGAAGUAGCAGCAGCAGACAAAGCACCGGCAGAUACAGCAGCAGCACAUGCAGCACCAAACAAAAUAGCAACAGGAUUUGUAGCAGCAGUAGAAGACGCAAAAACAACAGAUACAGCAGCAGCAUAUACUGCAGCAGCAGCUCUAGCUGCAGAAGAUAUAGCAGCAGCAUUUACAGGGGCAGAUACAGCAACAGAAGCCACAGCAACAGCAGCGGCAGUAGAAGAAGGAAUUACAGCAGAUCUUGCAGCAGCCGAUGCAGGAGAUGCAGCAACAGAUGCAGCAGCAGAGAUAGCGGCAGAUGCAGCAAGUGCUGAGGCCGUAGCUGCUGCAGCAACGGACGCAGCGGCAGGGUCAGAAAAUACUGGUGGAUCAACUGCUGUGACGGCAAAAGCAGCAACAGAUUCAUUGGGGUCUGAUGCGGCGACAAACCCAGCAGCAGAGAUAGUGGCGGAUACAGCACCAGACACUGCAGCAGCAGAUACAGCUGCUGAUCUAGUAGCCCCUGUGACAGCAGGCGUAGCAACGUCUGACUCAGUAGCCGUUGCAGCAGCAGCUGGAGCAGCGGAUAUACCACGAAAAGCAGCGGCAGGUGCAGGAGCGGAUACACCAGCAGGCGCAGCAACGGAUUCAAGAGGUGCUGAUUUAGCAUCACCUGCGGCAGCAGAGGCAGCAGCAGAGGCAACAGCAGAAGCAGCAGCAGAGGCAACAGACACUGUUUCAGUAGAUCCCGCCUCAGCAGAUGCGGCAAUAGACCCAGUUACAGACGCAGUAGCAGACACAGAUGAAGCAGCAGACACAGGUGCCGACACAGCUGCCGACACAGCUGCAGGUACAACUGCAGACACAGCAGCACAACCACAUGCUGUCGCUGUCGCAGCAGCAGCAACGGCAACCGCAGGUGCAGCGUCGGAUAACACAGUAGAUAUCGCAGCAGCGGACGCAGCAGCAGGCGCAGGAGUUGCUGAUCCAGUGGUUGCACCAACAGUAGCAGCAGCGGAAGGCGCAGCAGCAGUCGCAGCAGUUGCAGAGGCAGCAACUAGCGCAGCAGCGGAUAUCGCAACAUAUGCAGACGCAGCAGCAGAGGCGGCAACAUUGAAAGAAACGGAAGCAGCAGCCGAUGCAGCAGGUGUUGAUGCAAAAGUUGCAGCAGCAGAAUACGAAGCUGAUGCUGUUGCAUGGGCUAGGGCAGCAGCAGACGCAGGGGCAACGGCGGACCCAGCAGAAGAACCCGCAGCAGUAAACAACGCAGUAAAUGCAGCAACCGAGGCAGCAGCAAACGCAGGAGAAGACACAGCUGCAGAGGCAGAAAAUGCAACAGCAGAGGCAGCAACAGAAGCAGCAGAAGGCACAGCGUCAGGUAAGGCAGCAGAGGCAGCACCUUCUGGUGCAGUGGCUUUUGUGGCAACAGGCACAGGCGCAGAUGCUGCAGAACAUGCAGCAGCUGCGGUUUUCAUGCCUCGGGAGUUAGUACCAGAUGUAGCUGAAGAGGUAGCACCCGCGGAUGAUUCAUAUGCAGCAGCAGACGGAGGGGGGGCAGCAUAUGCGGCACCAGAUGCAACGGCAGACCCGGCAGACCGAGCAGCAGACGUACCUGCAACGGCGACAACAGAGACAGCAACAGUUGCAACCACAGGCCCAGCAACAGGCAUUGUAGCUGACUCAGCAGCAACCCCAGCAAAAGAUGCAACGGCAGACGCAGCAUCGGACGCAGCAGCAGGUGUACCUGCUAUGGCAACAACAAGAACAGCAGCAGUUGCGGCCACAACCGCAUCAACAGGUAUUCCAACAGACGCAGGCGCAGACGCAGCAGCAGACGCAGCAGCGUCUGGUGCAGGAGAUACCCUGGCAGCAGCAGCAGCAGGCGCAGAGGCAGCGGGGGACGCAGCAGUGCCCGUCGUAUUACCUCUCGCAAAGGCACGACAACGUGUAGCAGCUGGCACAGAGACAGGUGAGGUGUAUGCAGCAUACGACGUAGCAGCAGACACAGCAACAGAAGCAGCAGUAAAGCCAGCAGCAGAGUCAGCAGGAGGCACUGCAGCAGGUACUGCAACAUACACAGGAACGGACGCAAACUCAUUGGCAGUCGCAGCAGCAGGCGCAACAACGGAGAUAGCUGGUGACUCAGCAGCAGACACAACAGCAGAUAUAGCAGGCGCAACUGCUGCAGAUACAGCACCUCCCGUGACAGCAGACACAGCAACAGAGGAAGGAACAGACUCAGCAAUGCAGGGAGCAUCGCAGGCAGCAACCGGCACAGAAAUGGAGGCAAGAACCUCCGACGCAGCAGAGGAAGCAGCAAAGGUACAAGAAGAGAGAAAAGCAGCAGAAAACAAAACAGCAGCGGCAGCAGCAGUGGCAGCAGCGGACGCAGAAGAAGAGUCAGAGGCAGCAGGAGAACCCACAGCAGAAGGAGACGCAAAAGCAAGCCUAACAGCAGAGGCGGCAAUGGAAGCAGAAGCAGACGCGGGAGCAGUAACCGACGCAGCAGCAGAAGCAGCAGCAGAAGCAGCAGCAGAAGCAGUAACUUGUGAACCCAUAUAUCCCGUGGCAGCAGGUGCAGCAGCAGGUGCAGCAGAACAUGCAGCGGAUGGUGAUGUAAUGCCCCUCGUGGUAGCAGAUGCAACAGCAUGUGCAGCAGAAUAUGCAGGAGAUGCUGGCGCAAUGCCUCUCGUGGUGGCAAAAGCAACACCAGACGCAGCAGCAGCAGCAGAAUCAGAAGCAGCAGCUCCGGAUAUAGUAACAGAGACAGCAAAACAGGUAGCAGUUCCGGAAACAGUAGCAGAGGCAGCAGCUGACGCAGCAGCAGGGGCAGGAACAUAUGCCAAGGAAGCAGUAGACAUAGCAGCUGACGCAGGAGCAGAUCCAGCAGCCGACGCAGCAGCGAGUAAGUCCGAAGGUGCCACAGUUGCUUAUGUGCCAUAUCCUGUGGCUGUAGACCCAGUAGCAUACGCAGCAACAGAUACAGCAGCAGACGCAAUGGCAGCAGAUGCAUUAGCAGCGGAUGUACUUACGGAAGCGGCCGCAGCAGUUGCAGCAGUAGAUACAGUAGCAAACGCAGCAGACACAGUAGCAGCAGACACAGUAGCAGCAGAUACAGAGACAGACUCAGCACAGGCGGCAGUAGCAGCAAUACAGAUAACAGCUAGCGCAGCAACAAACUCGGCAACAGGGAAAGUGGCAGAGGUGGCAACUGACGCAGCAACAGACGCAGAUCCGCCAGCAGCUGAUGUAGCAGCUAUCCCAGCUAUUAAGGCAGCAGAAGAUGCAGCAUCAGCACACUCAACAACAGCAGCAGCAGCAGAUGCAACAGCGAAAUUGGCAACUGUCUGUGAAUUACCUCCCGUGGCAAUCAAUAAAGCGGAAGUGGCAGCAGCAAAUACAACAGUAGUGGCAGGAGCAGCAGACGACACAGACGCAACGAACGCAGCGCCACCCGUAGUAACGAAUCCAGUAACACGGGAAGUGGCAGACGCAGCAGCGUAUGCAGCAGCACAGCCCACAUCAAAUGCAACAGCAAUUCCGUCUGCGGUUGAUCAUGUAGUAGCCUCCGCCGUAGCAGACGCAGCAGUAGACCCAGCACCAUUCGGAGCGCCAGCCGCAGCAGCAGACAGAGCAGUUUAUGCAACAGCAGACGCAACAGUAGAUGCAGCAGCACAGCCAGAAACGGACCCAGCAGGAAUCCUAUCAGCAUCUGCUGGUGCAGUAACCUUCGUGGCAGCAGACGCAGCAGCGAAGGCAGCCACAGAUGCCUUGGUAGCCACAAAUGCAGCAGCUGUAGCAGCCGAUCCCUCAACUAAGGCAGCCACUUUACCCAAAAAAACCACUGCAGCAACGGAAGCAGCAGCUGAUGAUGGAGUGGCCUUCAGAUUGGCACGUACAGCAGCUACACGCGUUGUGGAUCCUGCAGCAGCAAAUGCAGCAACGGACGUAGAAGCAAUAGCAGUAGCAGCUGUCCCAACAGCCAAUGAAGAAGCUGUCCCAACAGCAAAUGCAACUGCUGAUUUUAAUGCGACAGCUCCUGCUCUAGUAGACGCCGCAGCAGACCAGGCUGUGACAACAGGUCCGACUGCAGUAGUUAGCCCUCUCGCAGCAGCAGAUGUAGCUGCAGAGGCUGCAGCUGCUGGUGCAAUAUUUUCCGUAGCCACUAGUGUAGCAUGUGCAGCAGACGCAAAUACAGCAGGUGCUGCGGACGCAGCAGCAGACACAACGGCGGAUGCAACAACAAAAGCAAUAGCAGAAGCAGCCACAGACUCAGCAGCAAACGUAGCAGUUGCUGAUGGAGUAGCUGUCCUAGCACCAGAUACAGCAGAAUCAGCAACGGAACCACCGGAAGCAACGGCAGAAGGCGCAGCAGAUGCAGCCUUUGCUGAUGUAGUUUAUGCCGUUGCAGCAGAAGCACCAGACACAGCACAUGCCGCAACAGAAAAGGCAGCAACUGCUGAUAUAAUGCCCGCCGAGGUAGCAGUGCCAGCAGCAGACGCAACAGCAGAGGCAGCAGUAGAUUCGGCACCAGAGCAAACAGCAGUAAUAGCCCCAUGUGCCACAGUAGUACCAGCAGCUGCUCCAGGAACAGACACAGUAGGUGAUGCACAAAUUGAUGCAAGGGCCAGCAUAGCAGCAGGAGAAGCAGCAGACACAGCCGCUGCUAAUGCAGUAGCAGACGCAACAGCUGUUAGUGCAGCAACAGAUGCAGCAGUACUCGCUACAGCACACGCAACAUCACACACUGAACAUUUUGAUGAGCGAAAUCCCCUUGCAGCAGACGCAGGAGCAGGCACAGCAGCAGAUGCAACAGCGACUGAUGCAGCAGCAGAUACAGCAACAGACGGAGCAGCAGAAGCAGCACGACAGGCAACAGUUACUAAUGCAGUAGCUCCUGUAGCAGCAGGCGCAGCAGCCGACGCCAUAACGGAGGCAGCAACAGAUACAGCAACAGCAUCUGUGGCUGUCUCUGCUGCUGCAGAAACAGCCACAGAAGCAACAACAGCAGUCGUAACCGCCACAGAUGCGGACGCAGAUGCGGCAGCAGCAGCAGCAGCAGCAGCAGCAGGGGAAUCAGCCACAGAGGCAGCGUCUUCUGAUACGGGAACACUGGAGGCAUCCCUCUCAGCAGCAACCGCAGCAGAGGGCGCAGCGCGUGAUGCACCAGCUCCGCUAACAGAGGAGGCAGCACCAGACGCAGGCGCAGCAACAGGUGCAGCCGUGGCAGGUGCCACAGAAACAGAGGCAGCAACAGGCUCAGCAGCAGAGGCAGUAGUUGACACAGAUUGUAAUGGGAAUCGGGAUCAGCAUCAGGUUUGUUUGGAUCCCCAAGUGCCACCUAACCCACAGUCAGGACCCUCCACAUUCUCAGAGGAGCCUCAGCAGGUAGCAGCAGAGACCCCCAAGCAAGAAAGCAGCAGCAGCAACAAGACCACCACCAAAGACAACACCGGAGAAGCCGCAUGCACUAGCAACAAUCUCCGGGAGAGCGCCAGCACAAUUUGCAGCAGCAGGAGCAGGGGAAGGUUUCCUGCUGGGAGAACUGAGGGAGAUCUCAGCAGCACCUUGGGGACUCGAGCAAGUGAAAGACAGCUGUUCGUAGGAGACAGUCGCUGGCGCAUGCAGCUCGGAUCGGGGACAGUUGGCGCUUUGCCGAAGGCAGAGGACUCUCUUUGGGGGGCCCUCGAUUUGCUGCCUGCACGGCAGCCGGAUGCUGCAGCGCCACAGAUAGAACUCAUUAUUAAAGAUGUUGUCGUUAAGGAGGCACCUAUAACCGCUCCCCUGCCUGCUAGGAGGCCCCCUUCCGCCUUCAGCAGGGGCCCUUCACGAUGCCCCUCCCCACAAACAGCAGGCGCCGCAACAACAACACCGGCCGCAACUGCAGCAACAGCACCAUCCACAACGGCAACGACCACAGCAGCAGCAGCAGCAGCAGCAUCAGCAACACCAGCCGCAACUGCAGCUGCAACAACAGCAACAGCCACAACAACAACCAUCACACCAGCAGCAGCUGCAGCAGAAUCACCAUCAACACCAGCAACACCAGCAGCAACAGCAGCAGAUGCACCAAGACCAGCAGCAACAGAGACAGCACUAGAAGCAGCAACAGAAGCACCAACGGCCACAGCAACAACACCAACGCAGCAUGGGAAAUCGUCUGCUACAGCAGCAGGGCUGGCUGGUGCAGAUGCUGCCAGCAGCAGGCUGCAGGUCGCUCAGACAGCGGGGCCCCCGUACCGUCGUCCUUCAUCUGCUAUUCCAUUCCAGGGGGGCCCCACCUCUCUUUAUACAGUCCCCGUCAACACAAUCCGAGCGCCCCCGCAGCAGCUGGGGGGGGCCCGGGGGCCCCCUGUGUAUGCUUUUAACCCUGCUGCCUCCUUGUUCCCUAGCGGCUUGUCACGUGCUAUUGGAUCACAGGGGCCUCCAAAAGGACCACCUACAGGGCCCCCUAUGGGCCCCCCUAGAGGCCUUCCAAGAGCCGUUGCCACAGGGCCCCCCCGCACAGUAUCUCCUAUAGCAGUCCCUGUACAACAGACGCUGUCUGCUGCUGAUGAUGAUGCUGCUGCUGCCGGGUGUCAGGGGAACGCAGUCCACGCUGCCCUCCUCUCCUUAGAAACAAGGACCCCUGCAGGCGUCUCUGGGCGCUAUAUAGUCCCCACCCACGCAGCAGCUGCUGCUGCUGCUACAGCAGCAGCAGCCCCUGGGCUAACUUUACCGACACGCCCGAUCACCACACCAACUCCAGGAGGCCCCCCCCACCUCCUAAAUCUGCAAAGGGCAGCCCCUUUCGCUACCCUGCAAACUUCUCUUCAGGCUCCAAGGCAAACUCUACGGGGCCCGACGGCCUUAAAGGGACCCUUGCAGCAGAGCGCUGCACAGGAUCCGCCUUUUGGAGCCCAACAUUUCCCCCAACAGGGGCCCCCGCAAGGCCUUUUGCAGGGGCCCCCGCUGGGCCUCCCAAGUAGGAUCGCACAGGUGCCCGUACACGGGCACCAAUUUGGGAAUCCGCAGGUGCCCCCGCAGGGCCCCCAGGAUGAAUCAGGAAAGGGGGGGCUGCCCUUUGCUUCGCCUCUCCCUUGGAGGCCCCUGUCAUCACUUUCUCAGGAUGGAAUCAGCACUCAGCAGCUGCUGCAGCAACACAAUGCAUCAAGGGGGCCCAUCAACCAGGGCCACAGACCCCUGUUGUCCCCUGUCCCCUCACAGCCCCCUCAACAAAGUCCCUCUUCAGAGACACUCCCUCUCCGAAACAGCCCAGCUGCUACUGGGGCUGCAGCAGAAGCUGCUGCUGCAGCACCUGUAGCAGUACCAGCAGAACCAGUAGCAGCAACAGCAUCAGGACUUGCACCACCGAUAGCAGCAGCACGACCAUUGUCAGCAGCAGCUCCUGCUGCAAGUGUGCAGAGACCGUUUGUUCCCGUGGCAUUACAGCGGCCUGCGGAGGGGUCUUUUCUGGUGCCUGGCGCAGCAUUCAGUCGUCCCCCCAGCGCAUACGUCCCCCCGUUUCUCCCUUCCUUGACUGUGCCACCCUCCUACCGUCCUGCGUCUCCUCUGCCGUCAUCGCCCAUGGGUCCGCCGGGGCCCCUGAGGCCCCAGGGGCCCCCUGGCCCUCGUGGUGUUGCUACAACUGUUCCUGCUGAUUCCGCCGCGAUUGCCACACCCGCGCACAGCAAUCCUUUGCACCCUAUGCCCCAUAAUAUCCCAGCAGCACCUCUGCGGCCGCCCGCCGCUGCUGCUGCUGCUGCUGACUCCUUUGCUACCGGUACGCCUGCAGGGAACCCAGUCAGCUGUCUCCCUCCCCUUUCAGGGCCCCCCGAAGGGGGACGGCCUGCUGCACCCGCCAACGGCGGGCCCCCCCCUUUUGCAUUAGCGCGACCGCGGCCCCUCACAGCAAGGCUUGAACAGCAGCAGCAACAGCAACCGCAGCAACAGCUGCUUCAGCAGGCUUCAGGAGCCUACGCCCCUACAAAUCCCCUGUCAAAGCACCCCACCCGUCUGCCUGUAGGUGUAUCGAAAGCGGUUUGGAGGCCCCGCCCCACCUCGUCGCUUCUUCCAAGGGGAUCUGCUGCCUCCCCCGCCUCUGUCGCUGCCCCUCCUGUUUCCUUCGUGGGUCCUUCUGUGCCUACUGUCGCUCCCGUCUCUAUAUCAGGCCCCACAGGUCAACCGGGAGGCAUCUCGCCAGUAUGUCAGCCCCAAGCAUUCUCUCCGCUGUCCCUGGAGGGGAGUGCAAGGGGAAUCACCAAUACCCCACAACCCCCGGGAUCGUCUCUGGGAUCGGUAUCUGUACCAGGAUCGCGCUUCCAAAGUGAGACAGUACUGCUGCUGCGGCAGCGGCGGCUGCCAGCUCAGCAGCAACUGUGA